ACCUUCUUAGGCUGUUAAAGUCGGUAACACUCAAGGGCAAAUUGAGUCAAUUGGUGAACGGCCUGUACGCUGCACGUCCCGCUACAGGAUAACCUAAGACCAAUAUGCGUAUUGUCGUGUGUUUUCUGUUCGCCUUGGCCGGAUCUGCCAUCGCUGAUAUUUACUUGCACAACCCGAGGGGUUCAAACAACCGGUUGAACGAGAGGAGCGCCAAUAGGCAGAACGCUAACAGGGCCUUCGAUUCGCAGAACAACAAUCGAGGAGGUUAUAAUGUUGGCGACAAAACAAGUGGUGCAGCUAGAAACGAGGACGAACAGUAUCAUAUGUCCUACUUCCAGAGCAGCAAUAGUGGAUCUGGCAAGACCUACCUUACCAUGGAGUGGACUAACCAGCAUGGUUGUGGUGGGAAUGAGGACUCCGACCCACACAAGAUGAACUGCCAACUGGUCCUGCAAUACAUGUGCCAGGAAGAUGUUUCUUCUCGUCAACAGGACACCCUUCGUAAUGGCGCCAAAACUAACACUCAAGGCUACUCUGCAACCGAUAAGGGAUCUCAAGAGAGUGAAGCUCAAUACAAGGGCAGGAAGAAUGGAAAUGUUAAGAGUGACUACGUCAUGCAUGAGGCAUGGGAAUGGUAUGAUAAGUGCCGUCGCAGGAUCAGAAACAAGGGCCUGUUUACAGCUGAUCAGAAGUUGAAUGGAGAUGAGAGCAUCUAUACCCGGCAGAACCCUGGUGGUACCCGCCGUGGAUAUGAGUGCCCAGAAGAACGUGACUACUAUCCAUACUGGCACCCAACUGACUGGAAGGAUAUUGCUGUUCUAACAACUGACCCUGACAGAUGCAGCUACUACAAAAAAGAAAGCUUUAACAUGAAAACCAAAGGGGAAUGCAUUGAGAAAUAUUCAAAUGGCAAUGCCAAGCACUGGUCGAAAUACAACGACGCCAAGGAAUGUGCUGCCAAUGGGGGAACCUGGACGGAGUUUACCAACUACCUGGAAACAGCACCUGGAAAUGAACAGCAGUGCAAGGCCAAGGGCAACAAGUACGUCUGGGGACUUCGUCACGGCCACACCCAAAAGGAGUGCUUAGUUAGGCUGGACGAACCAGAUUGUAAGCAGGCGAACUGGACUAGGGUUAACCAUCUCGGUAAUGGGCGAGAAGGAGUUCCACUCAAUUAUACCUGGACUAUCCCAAGCUUCCCAUCCGGAAAGGACUACAGAUGCAUUUUUCGUAUCAGGUACAACAUCAGUACUGAUGACUAUGACCCGUGGCAGACCGAUGCCACAUCAAACCAGAACUUGAACGCCAUGAAGAUGUCCCCUGUCCAACAGAACCCUGUGGUGGACGUUGGAGCCGGGAUGCAACCACUCCGCCUUGCUAUCAAUACCGCUCAGUAUGGACGCACCUUUCAGGACCGUAGCCACCUGUUCAAGUUGAUAACAAGGACGAAGGCUGUCUCCGAGGACCAGGACAUCUAUAACCUGAACGUGCGCGGCAAAAGGGGGAACAUCGUGCAGACUUUCCCCGCCGUGGAAUACGACUUCAUCCCUAAUGAUCUGACCAUUAAGUCCAAUGAUCUUCUACACAUCCAGUGGACAGGAUCCAAUUCACACAACAACGGGAACCCUGCUGGUGACGGACAGGCGGGAGACUCAGGCGAGGGAACCGCUGGUACUGACCGUAACAACAUCGUUGAGAUCAUGGACCCCGCAGACAACUACCCUCUUCCCUGGGAACGGGCUAAGCUGUUCAAGAACGCCCAGGUUAAAUGGACGAGCCACGCGUAUAAGACCCCCAAACCGGAAGACGUCGCCAUAAGCUUCGCCAGCAGCGGCUACUUCUCAUGUCUUGUCGGCAAGAAUGGGCCCGCGGAAUGCAAGGGCAAUUCCCCUGACACCAAGGGUGCCAUGAACAACCAGCUGAAUAACGCACCCGCCUCCUAUGCCGGCAUGGUCCUGCAGUUAGGCAAGGGCGAUUAUUACUACACCUGCAGCAGGAACAAUAACUUCUCCAACAGGAGCCAGAAGGGACGUCUCUACGUCAAGUGAUUAAAGAGAAACAUAAUUAUUUAAAUUGCAAAAAGCAAUAUGUAAUUCAGCUAUCUAGAACAGGAGUAAUAAAUGCAGAAAUUAUCUAA